UGAACUGUGUUGUGUGCUUUUGCCACAAACAAACAAGGCAAAUCAAACCCCAGCUGAGACUAUUCACCACCCUCUUCCUUUCUCUCUCUCUCUCUCUCUCUCUGCUUUCUCAUCCUAUUUCUUUCGUUUAUCACGCUUUAAUUUUGCAUUCAACGAAGCUUUAGUGUUCUUUCAGUACACAUGCAGAUCGUAGCUAUGGUGUAUAGAACCCAUCACGGUUGAGGGUCUCACUUGCUUUUCGCUUUCGAAAUCUCUCUCUUCAAAAGGCACGCGCUCUUUCUUAGUUAGUGUCAUGGGAUGUAGUAGAAUAUAAGCAGAGUGUGGAUCAGAUGUAUUUUGAAGGUGAUUUACUCAGCGGGCUAACACGCUUUGGGCUUCUACAUUGACUCCUAGCAUAUUACAGGUGACAGCUUAUUACGAUUGCUUUCGUAGCUUGCUCGGUCCACCUUAUAUGAGCAUUUCUGGCUGUGGUCUGAUACUUUCUCUACUUGAAUAGCUCAGUUGUGAAUAAAAGAGCUUGCUCAAUUCAUCAGCUUACGGUACCCUCUCCCAUCCUUUCCGGGAAAGCAAAUGUAACUAUGCACAACACAUAUUUUAGCUCUACAAUAUAUGCUGUCAGGGGUAGGGAGUCAUUCUCAUUAUCUUUCAAUGGCUACUCAAACAUCUGCUAUGAAAGAUUUGACAGAACACCAUCACACUGUUCAUCAUGUUGUCACUGUUGUGGUUGUUGUGCACUCUCCAAUUAUAGGGUAACAAUAAAGCCUAGUCUUCAAAAUGGGUUGAGGCAGUCCACUCUCCUUCAACUGUCAGCUAGAAGAUUUAUUUUGGGUAGAGAACAGUUUUUUCCCCGUCUGCCAGCUUAUGGUCUACACAAAAGAUGUUAUGUGAAUGAAGAAACUGUUUGCAAUAGAAGUAGAAGGAGAAUAGAGGGAGAAUGUGUCUGUGCAGGAGACUCGCGAAAAGGGAGGGGAAGUUACCAUUCAUUUGGUUCUGAUGAUGCCGAAGCAGUUCUCAGCUUAUUGAGUGAGCAAUCAGAUAAGGAUACUAUUGAUGUUAAAAGGAAGAAUGUCUCCACAUCCAGAAGAAAUGAAGCAGAGAAGAAAAUAAAGAGUGUGAGUAGGCAGAGAAAUUUGAAUUUGGGUAAGAAAGUAGAAACAAAGACAAAAGGGAUCUUGAAGCAACGCGAGACAUCUGCUAUUGACUUGAGAAGAGAGAAUGAAAAAUCUAGCAGAGGAAAUGUAGCCUUGGCCAGAAGUGAAGGCCAUAGGUCGAGAAGAGAUGUUUCUAGUUGUUCAUCUUAUUACACAGUUUCAUCAGGAGAUCUCGGGAGUGACAUCGAUGUUCAGGAUAAACAUGGUUUUGAAGAAUGUUCAUCAGGAUAUGAGAAUGAUGAAGCAAAUUAUGUGAAGGGACAAGUGAAGGAAGAAUUCAACAAACAAAGUGAUGAUUUGGUGAGGCUGCAGGACUUUUCAAAGCAUGAAAAAACUGCAUUUGGUGCUGACAUUGAUUCUAGCCUAAGGAAGAAGUCUGAAAAGAAGCUGGCCGAGGUAACAGUGCAGGAAAUAAAAUCUACAAGAGAACAGCAAGAUGUGCAUUCAGAAGCAUUUGGAUCUCAUGAACCUAGUAGUUAUGGUAAAGCGUCUCUUUCACAUAAGCAAGUCAAUAGUAAGGAAGAUGAUUCGUCUUUUCUCAAGCGUCAGAAUGCAUUUAUUCAAGCAAGAAACAAAAGGCAUCAAUAUACAGGUGUGCAAGAUUCUGGUUUCAAUGAAUUUGAAACAACCUUGGUUUCAAAACAGGCAUUUACUGGCAGGCAUGAGGAACUUGAUCUAUCUGAUGCACAGAUAAAGGAAACAAGAGAUGAACAUAAAAAAAUUGUUGGCUCUACUACCACUGGAAAGAAAACCUUGAAUUCAAAGAAGAUCUCCAGUAGCAGACAUGGGAACCUUGAGAUACUAGAAACAUGCUCACACGAAACAAGUGAUGAACAGAACAAAUUUUCUGGUUCUAAUUCUACCACAGGAAAGGAUGUUAUAAAUAGAAGUUCACAUAAAUAUAUUGAAACUUCAAAAGUUGAAGACAUUCAAAGGACAUCCAUGGAGAAUCUUGGAGCACAAAGGAUUUCAGUUUCGAGUUCUGUUCAGGAAAUGGAGGAGCAUCAACACCAAAAAGGAGAGAAGAGACUUCUAAAGAGAGAGGAAAAGACUGAGAUUAAAGAUAUGAGAAAAUCUCAACAUAUUUCUGAAGUAUCACACGAUCAUCAGAGUAAUAUUGAAGAUACUUAUAUCAUAAAUGCUAGAACUAAAAUAAAGAACACAGAUGAAAAGCAACUUUCAAGCUCUAAAAGAACCUCUGAGAAGGUGAAGCACAUCCCUAAAAGCACAUUGAAGUCAGUUGCCAAAACUACAGAAAGUUCUUGCCAAACAGAUGAAACAAUUGUAAAUUUUGAAUUAAGCAGGGAGGACAAAACAACUCGGAAAGUAACAAUUUCAGAUAAAACUACCUCAAGAGAGGAAUCCAACAUCCGGGGAUCAAGGAGUUUUGUUUCUGAAUCUGGAACACAUGUCACAUUAACAGAUGAUCAUGAAAGAAAGUCUGCAACGAUGUUGAUUGCUUCCUCAUCCCAAGAGACAACAGGUGGAGGCUCAGCACGUGCUCAAAUAACUUCACAAGUCGCUAGCCCAGAAAUUAUUGUCGAAACUUCAGAAAGUGGCUCAUCUGAUACAUCUGAUCAUUCUGAUAAAAGUCCUGUUUUGCUACAAUAUUCUAGAGAUGGAAGUAAUCAGUCUUACAGUGAACCGUAUACCAUCAUGGCUCCAGAAGAUUCUCUUCGUUCAGUUGAUUGCUUAGAGAAAUCAUCCAAUCAGUUUGUUGCUGAGUUUGUUCAGAGAGCCAGACAUGAAGUUGCCACUUCAGCCACAUCAGAGGUGGAAGGUACUAGAACAAAGUUUGCUGUUGAAGAUGAGGGGAACCAGAUCUACAAUUCAAGCAGGCAACAUACUGAAGAUGAUUCUCAGUCUAAGAAGCAUGAUUCUAGCCAUUCCUCUGGGAUUCGUGAGUCCAAAGGACCUUCUGAUGAGAUGUGGGAUGAAACAAAAUCUUCUGUUGAGCAAAGUCAAAGAGCUGAAGAAUCGGAGGUUGGCAAUGAAACGUCAAAAACAAUUGUCCGUAGAACCGGCAGGUCCCUGUGGAGUAUGAUUGCUGACGUUGUAAAAUUGCGUUGGGUUUCACAUGCUGCUUCUACUUCAGCUGAAAGAUCAGAUGAGAGAAACUCACCAAACAAGUCUGAUAGUGAAACAUGGUUUUCUGGGCAGGAGCAUGCGGAAAGGCAUAAAAGUAGUGCCAUAAAAGAAGCGAGUGUGAUACCACCAGAAGCCAUUACAAUUGACAAGUUAAAACAGGGUAAAAAUGAUACCCAACGCGAAGGGGAGAUGUCUGACACUAGAAGAAUUAAGGACAAAGGAAAAUGUGUUGAGAUUAGAUCAUCUGAUAGUGAAACAUGGUUAUCUGAGAAGGAGCAACAGGAAAACUAUGAAAGUACUUUAAUAAAAGAAACAAGUGUGCAACCACCAGAAGUCAUGACAAUUGACAAGUUAAAACCGGGUAAAAAUUAUACACAAAGUGAAGAGACGUCUGACACUAAAAGAAUUAAGAAUAAAGGAAAACAUGUUAAAGUUAGAUCAUCUUCAAAUACAGAAGAAAGUGGGUCUGCAACCAUCCCGUAUGCUUCAGGAGAGGAAAAUAUUGAAUGGACCAGAGAUAGAAAAGAUUUAAAAAUUAGUACUUCGGGCAUUAAAAGUGUGGACUUUCCAAGUGCAUCAUUGCCUGCCAGAGGGCCUCCUGUUGCAAGCCCAAUUGUAAAUAUUGGUGUGCUUGACUUGUCUCGAACUCGGUCAGUGUUGCCAAUCAAGGAACCAGUUCCUUCAGUGCAGUCUGAAUUGUCUGCUUCAGGGGAAAAGGAUGGAGAAUUGAAACAAAGAAAGUUUCAGAGGACUGGGCAAGUCUUAAGAGAUAGGUUUGAUGACUGGGAGGAAGCCUAUCAACUUGAACUUGAGCAGCGAAGGAUGGAUGAAAUGUUCAUGAAGGAAGCACUUCUAGAAGCCAAGAAGGCCGCAGAUAUUUGGGAAGUCCCCGUUGGUGCUGUUCUUGUGCAGCAAGGAAAAAUUAUUGCCCGGGGAUGCAACUUGGUUGAAGAGUUACGGGACUCCACUGCACAUGCAGAGAUGAUUUGUAUACGAGAAGCUUCAAAUCUUCUUCGGACAUGGAGACUAUCAGGCACUACACUUUAUGUUACGCUUGAGCCCUGUCCAAUGUGUGCUGGCGCCAUUCUUCAGGCAAGAGUAGAUACUGUUGUGUGGGGAGCUCCCAAUAAGCUUCUUGGAGCUGAUGGAAGCUGGAUCAGGCUUUUCCCUGAGGGAGGAGAAAGCUCAGAUUCCAGAGAUAUGCCGCCUGCUCCAGUUCAUCCAUUUCAUCCGAAGAUUACGAUACGACGAGGCAUCUUGGAAAAUGAGUGCGCAGAUGUAAUGCAGCAAUUCUUUCAGCUGAGGAGGAAACAGAAGAAAGACGAAUCGCCAAAGGAGCCUUCUCGCCUCUCACUUACUCACCGGCAUCACCACGCCAAGUUCCUCAACAAGUUACAUGACAUCUUCCACGUAUUCUGUUUGUAAAUGACCUAUUAGCACAUAAUUUUCCCUCAUGUUUUAAAUGAGCUUUCUAAAUAAAAUAUUCAAACAUGAUGAGAGUGGUCAUAAUGAAGAGUACAAUAUUCCAUUUCCAUUUCCCACUUCUAGAUCAUAUUCAAUCGGCUAUGCUGUCAUCAACAGUAAUUCCAGAAGUUAACAAAAAUACUGUUGGCAACCUUUGUUACAAAGUUAUUCUUUGAUUGUUUCGUUUGGAAUUAUGACAAUACUUAUAUGAUAUAGUAGACCCUAUCUGUCUUUGUGAUCA